GCGCUUUAACACACGCCAUAUAACCGUUGUUAAAUAUAAGCCCUCUGUUCCUUCAUGUUUCUCCCGCCCGUUUUUCAGUGUAAUUUUGCACGUAAAUCUGUGUGAAAGUAACGAAUUUAUUUAUCCAAAAAGCAAGAACCUAUAACGAGUAUAAGUUGAACGUUACAUCAAGUUUCACAACUUUUGAAUACGCGCGAACUUGCUAUUCAAAUUGCUGUUCAAUCCAGCGACUACUUCAAGGACUUGAUGAAUAAUGGCUAUGCAUAAUGAUCAAACAAAUUUACUCUGUACUCCACGACGUGCCCAGAAAUGUCUAUUUGCACCUAGUGGCAGUUCUUGCAAGAAGAACCUGUCUCAAGACUCAAGUUACAACAGAGACAUUGAAGUGAUCUCAGAGGAAGAUUCAGAUUUAGGACCCAUGUCACCCCUAGCUCUUACUGAUCGAAGCCCAAGUAGCUGUGAGAGUUCUCCAGGCAGAGAUUUUGUUUCUCCUCUCGCGACACCUGAAAAAUCACCUUCUUUACCUGUUACAUCUCUCUCCUGGGAUCGUUUGAUACCAAAUGGGCGUAAUACGGAAGAUUACACAUCGUUCAGCUCGCUCAAGAAACUCAGCAGAGCAGCUAGAUACUCACCGAGGUGUAACGCAGCAACUAAUAACUAUCCUAAAUCUAUGUCGCCUUCUCCAGUCAAGCAGAUUAUGGAAUCAUUAACACCUAAAUGCUCAGAAAUGAGUGCAAUGACCGAUGAGAUAAUACCAGAUACACCUCAGAGAAGCUUCGCUACUGAAAUUCAAAAUCAGAGUAUCACGGAGACGCCUCGAAAAGGUGGAACUCCUGGUCAGCACAGGUUGAUCACACCCUUGGGUUCUAUAACGAAAUCAGCGCUGUUGCCGAAAUUACACAGACGGAAGUCUCUUGGUACGCUUGAAGCGAACGAAAACAUCUCUCCCGAGCAAAAGGAAAACACGUUGAAGAGACACGCACGCGAUCAACUGUUGAUAACUCCAGCGAAGCUUUUCAAGGCGGACGACACUUCGGCGCCUCGAGCACGUGCGGCACUGUUCCAAGAAAAGAAAACAGAGGCUUCCGCGAUUAAUAUGUCGUUGAGCACAAAAACGUUUUACAGCAACAACAGAAAGUCUGAACGAGCUUUUGUUGUUAACAGUUUCAGGGAUAAUGACAUGAAGAGAAGACGGAGUUUACCAGCACAGAGCAGCAGCAGCAGACGUUCAUUGAAGAAGCAGAGAUUUGGCAUGAUUAACGUCGGUGUGUGGCACGGUAUCAAGAAACCGAAGUCUAAACUGAAUCCGAAGGCAUUGAAGAAAAAGGCCCAGCAACUCGCGCAGGAUGCUGAGGUCUCAAGCGAGAAUCAAGAGAAUAAGAGUCCAUCCGCGGAACAAUUUCAACCGGUAAUGGAAGCGAACACGACUGCGAAGAGAGCUUUUUCGCCGGAGAUCGACGAAAAUAAACGGUUUUUCAAGACCAUCAGAUCAAGUCAGGCCGCUACGGUAACAGUGAACAAAAAGAUCAAGCUGAAAGUCGCAGAUGGUAAGAUCCAAUUGAAUAAAAAACACGGCUUCUCGACGAACGGGCGCAACAAGCAAGGAGCGAAGGCCCUUACGGAUGUCCCUUACGACGCCACCGAUCUCACCGUGGAUGAGCCAGGUGUUGAAGCCACGUUGGAGAAAAACAAGGUCGCUAACAUCUUGAAGAUACUGGAGGACGACUGGGCGGAUGACGAUUACGAUAAGAUGGAGACAUUGAUCACGAACACCGUUUCCCCAUUGAAGUCGACGACGUUACCACAAGACGCGAUCAUGUCUCCUGCAAGUGAACUCAGUAACAUGGCUUCGACAAUGAACAUCAAGGACGUUACUUCCCUAACGAACUUUGGCAAUCUUUCGCUCAACAAUACAGAGAACAACAACAAUCCCGCGGAAACUAACAAGGAGCCUGAGAAAAGAUACUUCCCAUUAUUUACCAAAGGAUACACUGCACAGGUUGAUCUUCCUAAGCAAACUGAGGGGAUUAGUAAAUCGACGAAGAAAAGCACGCAGUGGCAGCUAUCUGUGAAAGGCGGACAAGAUCAGUAUCAGUUGGAUGCUGGUCAGAAACAUUUCGGUGCUACUCAGUGUCCAGAGUGCAAUGUUGUGUAUCAGUUGGGCGAUGCAGAGGACGAAAACGCUCACUUGAACUAUCACAAUAGCAUACGGACUUUGAGAUUCCAAGGAUGGAAAAACGAACGUGUCAUGUCGGAAGAUCCUUUUACGUCGAGCAGAGUAAUCCUGGUGGAGCCGAAUGAUCCUAAACAGUACUGGAAAAAAGUGUCGGACAUCCUGGCUGUUGUAGAUAGAGAUCUAGGAUUGGCGGAUAUGAAGCUGUCGGACUAUGAAAACAAGAAAGUCUUCCUAUAUAUACGCGAGAAGAAUGUACUCGGAGUGUUAGUAGCGGAGCAUAUUAAAACGGCACAUCGCAUGAUUCCCGAGCUGAUCGAAUUGGAUUGUUGCACUGCUGAAAGUACGCCUACGAAAUGCGGUAUCAAUGUAGUUUGGACUGCGAUGAGUCAUCGUAGGCAGGGCAUAGCCACUAAGCUCGUUAAUACUUUGAGGGCCAAAUUCUUCUACGGUUACGUGAUGUCACUGGAUGAUAUAGCGUUCUCAACACCAUCCCCGAGCGGCAAAAUCUUCGCCGAAAAAUACACGAAAACUCGGAACUUUAAAGUUUACAGCUAAAUCGCAGAUUCGACAUACAUAUUUUGUUAUUUUUAAAUUUCCUUUUUGCAGUUUUAUACAUUUCGUAUUUAAAAAAUAAACUUUCUUACUAUUAUAAAAUUAAUAUAUUUAUUAAUUUGUGUUUUUAAAUAUUUUAUAUUAAUAUAGCAAAGUAUACAUUUUUUUCAAUACAAAAACUAAAAAUUUAAUAUAUAAGUUUAUAGUUAUAGAUGCUAAUGCAGGCUAUUUCAGACUGUUGGAAAUAAGUAGUAAAUUUAGUGAUAAAUAUGUGAACUUGGAUACAUUAUUAUUAGAACAGGUACAAUUAAUCUAACUAACAUUAUAAAAUUAUUUUCAAGAUUUGUGCCAUGAUUGAUUUAAAUUCUGUAUCUAGUUCUAUCUAAUUCUGUGUUCACAUACACCUUCAUGCACCUAUGUAAUAAAUAAAUAAGAAUAACAUAGCGUGAGAAAA